AUGGUUCUUCGUCCCAACAGAUUGAGCCAUUCGCGGCGUCCGGGCUUAAAACCUCGCUUUCUAUUGUUCGGCGCCGCCCUAGCCUUCGCAACGUGUUUUCUUUUCUUUACCCGCUCAGCGGAUUUGCGGAUUGUUCCCUAUGUCAACAAAAACGGAUAUGGCGCAGGCCUUUUCGGCGCGGAGAAGCCCUUACUAGAAACAAAUAAGAACGGUGUCGAAGCUGUUAUCCCUGAUCUGGAGCUCAGUGCCAGCGACAUCAAGCAUUGGAUCGAUCCUGACGACCCAGAAGAUCCAAACCAAGUGCAACCUGGUACGGAACAAGACGGCACUCAACGAUCCUUUGACGAGAUCAGUCGCUUGCAGGACGAGAAGGACAAGCGGAAGAUUUGGAGAUAUCUUUAUCGGGCAACUGCCAAUCUCAAAAGCUCCAACCAAAUAUAUGGCAAGACCUUGGCUACACUGACCCAAAAGGAGAAUCGGACCGAAGAGCAAGCCAGAAAGCUCGUUGAAAACCCCGAUUCUAGCAUCAAAGUCAGCUACAGCAUGGAUGAACCGGUCCGUUUUGAUCCAUACCCUAGCUACAACAGCGAAGCGUGGCAGACCGACGGCUACGCAGCCUACGUCGCGUGCAAAGGUGCGGAUGGAAGGCCCAUAGACGAUAUUGUAGUAUUCAAAGGCCGCCCGAAGAACUUUCCCACGCACCUUAUGGGCAGCUACCAAGCCCUCAAUCUUGAUCCUAAUAUUUGCUGGGAACGCGACACAAGACUCGGCGCCUAUGGUCUCCUCGAGCAAACGAAGCAAGUCGGUGGCCGCUUGCAGCCCCUGCAAUGGGACAAGGUCGAAUGGGGUAAGCUGCAGCGAAGCUGUACAAAGAGCAACGCAAAACGAUUUAGGGAAGAUGUUAGCAGCGACAACCCCUAUCUUGCCAUCUACCCUGAGACGCAGCGAUUCAUUGCUGCCAAGUCGACGACUAAGGAAACGCAAAUCUCCAUCGAUAGCAAUAGCGAAACUCGUUCAUUAUCCAACGUUCAAAAUGGAGACUCUCAGUCUACAGACGCAGGGUGGUCCGAUACAAUGACCGUCGAGGCCACAUCGCGGUACAAGAAAGAGAACCGCACCGCCCUCCUGUUACGCUCUUAUACCGGCAAAAGAUACACCGAAAACGACAAACAAAAUAUUCGCGCCCUUAUUACCGAGCUUGCGCUCAGAUCAGGCGGCGAAUACGAAGUGUUUCUACUCCUCCAGGUCAAAGAUGCUUCCAAGGACAUCUUUGGGAGUCAAACAGAUUAUCGCCAAGUUCUUUCCGAGCAUGUUCCUGUCGAAUUUCACGGAAUCACCGUCCUUUGGAACGAUCAAAGUGUCAACGAAAUCUACACGGAGAUGCGUGAUGACUUUGAAAGAGAUGUGCACAAUGCUCAAUGGUUAUCGGUCCAAAAGUUCAGCUACGACCACCCUGAAUUUGAGUACAUUUGGAAUUGGGAAAUGGACUUUCGCUACACUGGUCACCAUUAUGAUUUGCUCGACAAUAUACACAAGUUUGCCCGGAAGCAGCCCCGCAAAGGCCUUUGGGAGAGAAACGAGCGUUGGUACGUUCCUGAAUAUCACGGCGACUACGACACUACCUUCCGAAAGUCGAUUGAACAACAGUAUGGCGACAAUAUUGUGUGGGGUCCUCCCGACCUCCCGUUUAUCAACCCUCAAGGACCAAAGCCGCCGUCGACACCAUCUGAAGACAAUUACGAGUGGGGGGUGGGAGAAGAUGCGGACAUCAUUACGGUUGGCCCAAUGUUUAAUCCAAUCAACAGCCUGUGGAUUAUGAGCAACCUUGUCUGGGGUUACAGCGACGACAACCACCGAAAAGAAGACAUUCCAAGACGGACGACGAUUGUCACUCACUCUCGCAUAUCGAAGCGCCUGCUCAGCUUGAUGCAUACAGAGAAUAUGCGAGGCAACCAUGUGGCUUCCGAGAUGACUCCUCAAACGGUGGCGCUGCAUCACGGACUCAAGGCCGUCUUUGCACCUCAGCCAGUUUUUAUGGACCGCAAAUGGACCAGUGCUUUUGUCAACAAGUGGUUCAAUGCAGGGCCUGGCGGCGUUGCGGGCGGCUAUGGCAGCGCAAUGGGCUGGGGUCGUGAGCGUCGCUACCAGGGCACCACGUGGUACUAUCGCGCCGAGCCUCCCAAUCGUCUCUUCAACAACUGGAUGGGCUGGGAGGAUACCGGAAUUGGCGGCGCCAAGUGGGAGCAGGACAAUGGGCGUCCAUGUCUUCCUUCCAUCAUGCUUCAUCCCGUCAAAGAUCCGGAGCCGACGAAGAAGGGCCAUGCCACUGGAUUUAACCUCGGGUAUGGCUGA